UCGGAAGGACCUUGCUUGCUUCUUGCUCGCCUCUUGAGCCCACUAUUUCCUGCCCUUCGCUCGGAUAAGAUUUCAGUCGAGUCAAGUAUCGUGUCCGUGUCGCCCUCGGUAAAGUGACUUUUGUUUAUAAGAGUUUAUAGUGUGUGCAUUGGUGAUUUAAUCGUAAACAGUAUAUAUUUUACCACAAUUUUCUUUUAUUAGGGCACAUUUUGUAUGGAGUGCUAAAAGUUCAUGUUAGAGGAACGUGUACCAAGCUUGUUAACCACUCUUCUCAACAAUGCGUAAACAUAUGGCCAUUAUCAGCUGAUUGGCCAGCUGAUCUGUAAAGCCACUGAGGCGCGCUGCGGUGGUGUUGGAGUAUGAAAGCGUGGUGCAUCACUAGUGACUAGCGGUGGGCGUGUAGUGAUCUAGUGACAGUGACAGUGAUAUAGUGAUACGAUGGGACUGCAUCAUAACCACAUUGACGUCGAGGCAGCAAUGCAGUACGUCAGUGAUCUGGAGGAGGCCAAUUAUCUAUUUAAAGAUUUACAACUAGCAGCAGAGUUGGGGAAAACUCUUCUUGAAAGAAACAAGGAACUUGAGACUGCUCUGAAACAGCAUCAGAAUGUCAUUGAGGAGCAAACCCAGGAAAUUGAGUACCUGACCAAGCAGACGGCAGCGCUGAGGGAGGUUAACGACUCUAGACUCAGGAUUUACGAGCAGCUCGAAGUCAGCAUCCAGGAGCUGGAGCACACCAAUCAGAAACUCUCUGUUGACAACAUAUCAGACAAGAAACUCAUUAAGACUUUAACUUCACAAAUAGAAUCACUUGAACUAAGAUGCGAGGAUCUACAGAAGUCAGUGGACGAGAUGGCAGUAGCACAGGAGAGUGCCCGACGGAGACAGCGCAGGUCUAUCUGUACCCCGGACACACCAGUCCCCGCCACCACCCCCGCACUGCCACUCCCCGCCGCACCCGCCCCCGCCCCCGCUGAUGACGAGGAGCUGCUGCAGUUGCUACAGCAGGUACAGGAGCUACGCAGUCAGCGGGCGCGGGACCAGCGGAGAGUGGCUGACCUGGAGGAUCAGAUGACUCAACUGAUACAGGAGAAUGCUUGUCUGGAGGAGAGGGUGGCAGUGCUGCAUCAGAAGGAGGAGGAGAUGCAAUCUUUACAAGAGGAACUCUCCACAUUAGAGGAGAUCAGGCAAGGACACCUCUGUCGCCGCUGCCUGAGAGGCCAGGAUGCUGGGACUCUGACGGCUGAUGAAGAUGAUGAUGACAUCAGUGUAAUUGACUCACUUGUUGAUGAGAGCCAACGCAAGUCCGUCCUGAUGCAGCUGCAGGAGUCGCUGGGAGACAGUUGCCAUGGAGAUAACCCCUAUCGAGAUCUGGUGGAGAAAUACGAAGCACUGCUAAAGGUUCAAAGACAUCCAGGAGUGAUCAGACCCCCGCAGACUGUGUCUAGCAACAACUGCCUGUCCCUGCAAGAGGAGCUGCAACUGUCUGGGGACUUCUUCCAGAAGGAGGAGAUUGAUAGCGAGGGAGAGACACGUGAACUACCAAAGAAAGAUCCUGUCAAAAUUACACCAAAUGGAAAAGCCUUCUCGGCAACCCCAACAGACUUCUCUGAAGCAGAAACAUCUUCCUCAGGAUUUUCAGAUGAAACGAGCAACAAAGGAACACAGACUGAUGCUCAUUUCCCCCCGGGUUCGUUCCUCUGUACCAUCAGUGAUGGAGAUGACUGUAGGUUCAGCAUAUAUGAUGAUGCCAGUCCAGUCGAGAGUAGGUUUAGAAAGACUCCGGAAUACCGUCAGUUGUUUAGGGAAAUAUUUGCUGUCUUGAAAAGAGCUGCAGAAGCUAAAGACGAAGGUGAGAAAUUACCAUUGCUGGACGAUUUCACUCCUGUUGCCGAAGAAGCGCCUAAAGUUCCUCCUGUAACACCAGCAAAAGAAGAUUUCCCCUCUAGGAUUCCUGACCCAGAAGAAGAAAUGUCUCAGUUCACGGAAGACCAGUCUGAUAUAGUUAGUCUUGAUCCUCCCGAGUCUGUAAGCUCUUCUUUCGCAGCCGGCUCUGAUCUUCCUUGCGGAUCAACACCCAAAGUCAACAGAAAUGAUGCACCUCUUCCCUGUGAUGAAAGUGCUAUAAUUCAGUCCCCUGAACAAGGCCCAUCUUCAUCGACUGAAGAAAGGAAAAAGCCCACUAGAGAUUAUAUGGAAUGCUUAUCAUCUGGUGUCGGUCCCAAGAAGAAGUCAUCAAAGAAGAAAUCUGUCAUUACUGUUGAAUCAGCCCAAGUACUAGGAAUCACAGCAAAAAUUGUCCAUUCCAGCAAAGUUACCAGAAGAAAGAAGGAAGUAAGGAUGAAUGAAAGUGUAAAUAAAACGGCAGAUAGAGUUACUUGGUGUGUCAGCGACAAUGAUGUAGUAAAUAGAGUGAACAGCGAAAAAAGUGAAACACAGAGGCACAGUUCUGCUUGGGACAGCCAUUUUACCAAGGCUGCUACACAGGUUGCGACCUUGAAACUGCUGGAUAAGUCAUAUGCGGAAGUAUUGCGUCAAUCUGGCCGAAAGAAGUCCCACUCCCGGGGACAUAACUCUCACAGAAAUUAGGUUUAAGGAAUUCAAAUCAUUCCUUGUGUGAUUUUAAUGACAAUAUUAUUGAUUUUACUAAAAAUUGAAAUUAAGUUUCACAAAAUAAUAGAAUUGACAAAGAAAUAAGACUUGAAUAAUAUGACCUCAAAAAGAAAAUUUUUGGAUGACAAUGUUAAAGGCAUUUCAUCAAGCUCUACUUAAAAAAAUUAAAAACUAUCUUUUAAUGCAAUUUAUAAUUUUUUAUCCCAUUAAUUACAAACAACGAGUUGGUAAUUAGUGUUAAAACCAUAAAAAAGCAAAUUUAAUUAAUGAUUACCUAAAGUUAUCUAAGGUAAAAAUAUGAUAAGCUUAUUAAUUUACUUAUUAUAUUUUAUAUACCUUGUCCUUAAUAUAUGUUAUAAAAGUACUCCUAAGUCUUAUGAAAAAUACAGUUAUAUCUUUAAAGCUUAUUGUAAAAUACUCCAUAAAUUAUUGAUAAAAAGCUAUAAAUGAUAAAUGAAUGUAUCUUGCAUACCGUAUUGUCAUAAAUAAUUGUUAAAUCUCUCUUUCAAUAUCAUUCUUUUUUUACACACUGUGUGUACAUUCAUUGCAUAUUUAUUUACUUAGUAAUACGAUAAGUUUUUUUUAAACUUAGUUGCAUAAUGAUAGUAUUUUGAAAGGCAGACGCUGAUCAUGCCAGACUGCCUAAUGUGCCAUCAUUGUAUAAGGUUUGUAACUAGUGUAUAUUCUUCAUCGGUUGUCAUAGGUUCUUUUAUUUUCUAAAGCACAUCGAUUGUCUAUUAGAAAGGCAUCGGACCAAUCUUCUGGUAUAGUAGUUUUACCUUUAUACCCUUAGCAGUGUUGUAUUAUAUUUUAUAACUUAUGUUUUAGUUUUUGUGAUAUUUUCUGUAUAUUAUUUUAUUUCCCAUUCUGUUGUGAAUAAAUUGGAUGUAGAUUAUUUCAUAA